UUCAAACAGUGCAGUCGCAUUUCCGUGUGUCCUAUUCUAUUGUUAGUGCAAGUGAAUAUCACUAUGGAAGCUAAAUUAAUUCUAGUAUUAUCCAAACUUGACCUACUCGAAAAUAAAAGUGAUACAGCUAUCCGCAACAUCGCAAUCUUAUCAGCAACAAUUGAGAAUUUAAAAACCGAAAACUCCAAUCUGCGUACACAAAUGCAACAAAUGGAGAAGAAAAUCGACUAUCUCGAAAACCAAUCUAGACGUAAUAACGUUAUCUUUUAUAAUGUUAAAGAAGACGCCAAAGAAACCUGGGAAGACACGGAAGCCAAAGUUCGCCAAAUUAUCGACUCACAAUAUAAAAUAUCACUGGGUGAUAAAGAUAUCGAGCGGGCUCACAGAUUAGGCACGAAUGUGAAGGAUUUCAUUGUAAGGAAUGCUUUCAAGCUAAAAAACACUCCUGUAUCUGUGUCUGAAGAUUUCUCAAAACAUAUUCUAGAAAAAUGAUCACUUUUGCAGCCUUACCUAAUGCAGGCCAAAAGUGAAGGAAAACGCGCUCAUUUAAAAUUUGAUAUGCUGUACAUUAACGGACGCAAAUACACUGUGGAUGAUCUUCCCGCAAAUAAAGUUUUACAAGCUACUGAUUUCCCUCCUGAAGUAACGCACAACGACAUCAUUACCAGAAGCAAAUCAGGAACCAAGCCGUUGACAUCUUCGCAAUAGGAGGAGGGGAGCGGUUACAAACCCUUAUCGAUAAUACAUCAUAACAUACAAGCAAUAAAACCCAAAAUUCAGGAACUGUCAGUUUUUUUAGAAAAUUGUAAAUCUCUAGGAAUAAAUGUACUUAAUUGUCA